UGACAGUUUAUCUCAUGUUCGGACUGAACCGCUGUCUCGGUGGGCGGGGAGCGUAAAAGAAGGCCCUGCGGACAAUUUACAAAUAAUCAUUCUGAACUAGUGGUCAUGUUUGCGUGCUAUAACAAUAUGAUUAUCUAAUCUCCCAAUCGCUUUCGCUCCACAGAAACCCAGAGCAUGGCAAAGCACAAUGCUGAAGUGUUUGUGCUCGUGGGCCUGUUUGCGAACGUGGCCGCACUGUCGAUCGACAAGUCCGACGGCGGCUACAAAGACGUGCUGGUCUCCAUCCACGAUGACGUCCAGCCAGACGAGACUAUCGUGGAUAACCUCAAGGUUCUGCUCCGGGCUUCGUCGGCUUUCCUCCACCGUGCCACAUAUGGCCGAGUGUAUUUCAGGCACGCGAUCAUCGACUUCCCGGUGACGUGGCCUAAAAGAAGCGUCGCCCGGGGCGUGUCGUCAGCGUUUUUCACUUGGAGCGACGUUCGUGUCGAGAAUCCCACACUAAUUGAUGACGUGCCUGUCUUCGCGGAGACAUCGAGGCGCUGCGGUCAGCGGGGAAAAUUCAUCCAGCUGUCGUCCAGCUUUCUCGCAGGCCUCAACUCGUCAACUACCGAGACUUACGAGAGCGCAGCGUAUGCCUUCGUUCACGCAUGGGCGAAAUUCAGGUACGGUGUGUUCGAAGAGUAUGGCAGCAUCUAUGACGACAACAAUCCUUUUACCUACUGCACGCCUGACGGAAAGGUCACCUUGAACUCGUGCUCAAGCAAAAUUUUAUUUAGUGUUAAAGGAGAAUGCGAGAUCCGGGAAAACUGCCAGUUUACAGAGAACUGCCAAGUGGUGAUCUUCCAAGGAACUGACAACCCGGUCGAUUCGUCCAUUAUGUUUAUGCCUUACCUCCAUAAUGCAAGUAUUUCUGUAAUAUGGGCCUCUUCUCGUACGCAUGUCGUUCAUAUCUACCACAGAUUCAUUAUGCAUUUGAGUGCCUGCAGAGAAUGCGCCUUUGUGGAAGAAGUUAUUUAAGCUUAUUUUGUGAGAUCAGAAUUUUUGUUUGCUCUGCUGAGUUCUUCUUUUGCUACCAGUGGAUCGCGCGGUGAAAUGGUCCCCUCACAAUUAUGCUUCUUUUACCUUAGCAGUUGAACGAGUCUCAGAAUAUUGAAGUAACAUUACGAAGAAAAAGGCUAUUUGCCUGAAAUACAAACAAAUUCGUUCCCACUCAGUACAU